UUUAAAAAUGCCGCUGAGAAAGAAAUUAAAAACAUCGCCAGCGAUGGCAAUCUAACCUUAGCAGCAUUUCUUCAUAGAAAGGCAAGUAAAUUUUUAUUAAAUCGCGACAGAAAAAAUGUCCCCCAAAAAAUUGAAAUGACCCACAUUUUUAGUUGGAGUGGGACAUUUUUUUGAUCUGUGUCCCAUACUCUAAAAUUUCUAUCAACAUCACUGCAAAUUAUGCUUCAAAUUGACAAUUUCUUCUUGUUAACACUCACAACCUCAAUAAUAAGAAGAUCUGCUUGCUUUGCUUUCAGUGUGGGGAUACUGGGGCCUGUGGACUUUCCCCCAGUGAUAAAUGGCCGCCAUGAUCGCGCCAUGAUGAUGAUCAUGGUUUUUGGAAAAUGCAAAAUCUCACCUCUAAUUAGGCUGGAAAGAUCCAAUUUUACGCGCAUCAUCUGGCCAAAAUCGUUGAAGAAUAGUCCCAUCCAUUGUGAUAUCAUCUACACGAACGAUUCGUCGAUAAAAGCGAGUACCUGUUCUCUUGAUUCGGGGCGACGUCCUCCUCUCACUGCUCAGAUUUAACCCUGGCGUGAAGCAAUGGAACUAAAAUGCACGAAAUU